GCCAUGAAGCGGCCCCGGGAGCCGAGCGGCUCCGACAGCGAGUCCGACGGACCCAUCGACGUGGGCCGCGAGGGCGAGCUGAGCCAGAUGGCCAGGCCGCUGCCCACCACCAGCCCUUCACAGAUGCAAGCCAGGAAGAAACGGAGAGGGAUCAUAGAGAAACGGCGCCGAGACCGCAUCAACAGCAGCCUUUCUGAAUUGAGGCGCUUGGUCCCCACUGCCUUUGAGAAGCAGGGCUCCUCCAAGCUAGAGAAAGCUGAGGUCUUGCAGAUGACGGUGGAUCACUUGAAAAUGCUCCAUGCCACUGGCGGGACAGGAUUCUUUGAUGCCCGCGCCCUGGCCAUCGACUUCCGGAGCAUUGGUUUUCGGGAGUGCCUCACAGAGGUCAUCAGGUACCUGGGGGUCCUGGAAGGACCAAGCAGCCGUGUGGACCCUGUCCGGAUUCGCCUUCUCUCCCACCUCAACAACUACGCAGCCGAGAUGGAGCCUCUGCCCACGCCUGCCAGCCCCCUGGCCUUCCCUGUGUGGCCCUGGUCCUUCUUCCACAGCUGUCCGGGGCUGCCAGCCCCAAGCAGUCAGCUUGCCAUCCUGGGCAGAGUGCCCGGCCCUGUCCUCCCCAGCGCCUCCUCUCCCACUUACCCCAUCCCAGCCCUCCGAACCACUCCCAUGUGCCGAGCUACUGGCACCAUCCUGCCGGCCCGGAGGAGUUUCCUGCCCAGUCGAGGGGCCUCUUCGACCCGGAGGGCCCGCCCCCUGGAGAGGCCAGCUGGCCCUGGGCCCGUGGCCCCCAGUGGCAGGGCUGCCAGGAGCAGCCACAUUGCAUCCCUCCUGCGAUCUUCCUCCCCGACGCCUCCUGGUACCUUGGGGCCCACUGCCCAUGUAGCUGUUCCUGCCUUCAGACCCUCUUCCCCAGGGCCAGCUGGGAGGCCUGCAGGAGCCAUGCUCUGCCGCUCCUGGGUCUCCGAAAUCACUGAAAUUGGGGCUUUCUGAGCUGGCUUCCCCUGCCCCAGGAGUGAGGAAGGUCCUUUUUCCAAGAGC